GGAGAAAGUCAAAAAUUGGUCAAAAACAACUCAAAUCACUACUUUUUCACAUGCACCUGCUCAGCACAACGGCAUCCAUGGAAGGCCACGACAAACAUCUAAUUGACUGAAAAAUAUGAUGCCUUUGAUCACUAGGGUUCGGCGUUGCCGAAUCUGACCUUGCUUGCCUGCAUAGUCUUGGAUUUUUCUCAAGUUGUUGUCGCCUACUGCAAGAUCUUCCGCGAUUUAUGGUGCUGUUGUAUACUUUACAACGCUUCGAGAUUCACGAUUGGGGCCAAAACAAAGACUUCCUCCCAAUUGAAGUUGAGGGGAAACUAUGCCACGAAUUUAAAAUCAAGGAUGAAAAACUUGGAGAGGUGGAUCUGCUGCUUCACACCAGCCACGACGAAAGAGUGAUGCACUACGGACUGCAAGGACGGGCGACCAAUGUGGUCCCUGUCACCAGCGAAGCGCUCAUGAAGAAAUACGGCAAGUUCGAGGAUGGGAUGGUGGCCAAGAUCUUUUGGGGAGAGGCAAGUCGCACUAGCGAGCCGGAGAUCCUGAAAAAGGUUGAGGAGAUCGCCAAGAGGCACGCAACUGUCCAAGACCAUGUUCCUGAGCUGCUUUGGCACCACACGUUCAUGAAUCCCACGUCCGCAAUUCGAGAAGCGCUUGACGUUCCGGAACCCACUACAGGCAGUCGCGUGCUCUACAUUCUUGUGUUCCGCAAGCUCUUCCCCAUCACUCAGCUUCACGGCAAAGAGCUUUUUGAUGUAUGGCGUCAAUGCAUCCUAUGCCAUCUUACCCUUUGGAAGGAAGGGGUCCAUCAUUGAGAUGUCAGCCCUGGAAAUCUGAUGUGGUACUGGAGAGACGACAAGCGGAUAGGCGUUCUAAACGACUACGAUCUAUCCUCAUUGGUGGGUGACCCAGGUCCUCGGGGUAACGAACGCACGGGCACGGUGCCGUUCA